CAACCACUCUCUCGGCGCCUUUCUCCGCGCUGCCGCUCCGCGCUCCACGCUCUCUCGCUUCGACGCUCCUUCGUGCCGCUCUGGCUCACCGACUCCACUCGGCCUGCGUCUCUGCGCGCGGCCUGCGCUGCUCUGCCUGCCGCUGGAACAUGCGUCACGCUGCGUCGUUGUGACAGCUCUCUCCCACUGUCUCCCGACGCCUGCGCCGCCCGCAACGCCGCUGCAGCGCUGCACGCCUGCUGAGCCCGACUCGCGCGCCUCACGCUCGCACUCUGCGACAUGAUGGCGACGAUGCCCGCUGCUGGCGCAUCCGGCCCUGCGUCGUUCGCUGCUGGCUCGCGCUUUCCGACGCGUGGCGCGUCGCUGCAGUCCCACUGGGACGAGGACGGCGCUCCGCGCGCCUCCUUCGACACCAUCGGCGCCGAGAGCGCCCACACGAUGUCGACAGGCUCGUCGACAUCCUCACACUCCACCAUCGUCGAUGGCUCGCGCAGCGGCGCGGGCGGCAGCAGCAUCGCCAGCACCUCGCGGAUACUGCUCGAGCAGCAGCAGCGCUCCGCCGGCAUGGCUGCGUCUGGCUUUGCCAGUCCCAUGGAGCGCGACGAAGCUGAGUACGACGGGUCAGAUGACGGGCCCGGCAUGGCUGCCGAGGAGUACGUUGUGGCGCUGCACGACUUCACGUCCAGCAACUCGACGUGUCUCUCCUUUGCUGCCGGCCAGGUCAUCAAGGUCUUCAACCGCGACAUGAGCGGCUGGUGGGACGGCGAGCUCAACGGCCAGCGCGGCUGGUUCCCGAGCAACUACAUUGACGAAGAGGCGCUGCCCUUUGGCAGUCCUGAGGGCGGCGCCUCGAUGCAGCUAUCCAGCUCGGACCAGGGCCAGUCGUACGACCGCGACGCCGAGGCCACGCCACAGCCGUCGUUCCAGGGCGCAGGCCGCGGCCUGGGCCUUAACGGCACGCUGCGCCCGCGCAGUCGCGGCACGGAGCACCGGCAUCUGGCGCCGCAGGCGCAGCAUGCCCUGCAGCACCGCCAGAUGUCCUACCCGUCCAGGUCGCCCACGCCGACCGAGGCCGACUUCCUUGAGCGCCGCGGCUCGGCUGGCAUCCUCGACCCGAUUCUCCACGCCAUCGCGCUGCUGCACAACGCCGUGCGUGCGAAUCGCUUCGCACACUUCCAGCCCUCGACGGCCUGCGUCAUCUCGUCUGUGCGGUCGGUGCUCUCUGCCACGGACUGCCUGACGCGCGAGUCGCCCGUGCUGAAGGCACAUCCGGUCCUGGCACGCGAGCGCAAGCAGAUCCUCGCCGAGCUGAGCCGUCUCGUGACGCAGGCGCGGAAAGCGUCUGCCCCAGUGGCGGAGGACGCAGGGCGCGAUGCCGACAUGGACGCGAUGCUGGGCAUGGCCGACGGUGUGCUGCGCCAUGUCCGUCGCUUCCUCGAGGUGGCGGUCGAGUGUGGCGUCAACGUGCCGGAUCGCCGCUCGUCCGUCUAUGAUGACCUGUAUGCCGACGGGCGUCAGGGCUCGCAGGCGCGACAGCCAGGCGGUGCAGUCGCGCCGCCGGACCGCAGCGAGCAGGACAAGACGCCGACGCCGGACUCGCCGCGCAGCUCGGCCUAUCUGACGGCCUACACAUCGGGGCAGCUCUCGCCGCGCAGCGCCAGAUUUGCUGCUCAAGGCGGACGACCGAGCGCCGCAGCCGAAGAGCAGGCCCGACAGGCGCAACAGACCUCGGCAAACGGCGAGCCGUCGCCUGCUGCACGCAUCAAGGCUCAAGCCGAGGCACGAGGUCGGUCUGACUCGCUCGUCUCCGAGCCGCAAGAAGGCGGUGGUGGCUCUGGCUCUGCAUCAGGCUCCGGCUCUGACUCAAUGGUCGGCUCGCGCUCCGGCUCUUGCGAGUCGCUGGAGGUGCCCGCCGCCGCCGCAGCCAGCAUCUGCUCGCCGCAGGAGGUGCUGCAGCGCCUGAGCGCCGCCAACGACCAGCUCCUGUCCAUCACCGCUGCCUUCAUCGGCCACGUGCACACCCACACGCGCGACUCGCACGCCUCGAGCUACGCUCAUCUCAUCGACAUGACCCGCGAGGCCGUUGACGGCGUGCGCAGCCUGCUGCUCGUCGUCGAGGCCGUCAACAACAGCGCCGAGCUGCAGGCUGCGUUCCCGCGCCAGACUGCCAUCCUGUGGGAGACGCGCGAGGGCCUGUACGAGGCGACGACGGCCUUGGUCACUGCUGCUCGCGUCAUCACCUCGGCGCCGGCCAAUGCCAGCUCGCCGUCGAUGGCCGGCAUCAACGAGGACGACGAGAAGUCGCGUCUGCUGCACGCCGCAACUGCGGUGCUGCGCACAGGUGGCGAAUGCGUCGGCGCCGUGCGGCUGUGCUUGAACCGCGCCGACUCGACGCUGCGGCUCACACUCGCGGGCUCUGCGAAGCACAAUGCUGCACGCGCACAGCAGAGCGAGGCAGAGACCGAGGCGCUCGCCGACGCGAUGGAGGAGGAUCUCUCCAUGUCCGAGGCAGGCGAGAGCGGCACCGGUGCCCGUCGCGGUAAGCACACGCUCUCGUUCCUCGGGCGGAAGGCCUCGAGCCUCAGCUGCCUGCGGGAGAAGUACGAGCAGAACGGCAGCGCAGCGCCUGAUCUGGACGUGAUGGACGAGCAGAACGAGGAGGAAGAGGCCAUCGCCUCCAGCAUCGAUAGCCGCCAAGAGCCCCUGCGCGCAUAUGACGCGGCCUCGUCGGCCGACGACAUGCCCAAGUCUGCGCUUCUCGAGCGGCGCGGCGUGCGCCGGCCUCAGCCGCUGCUUGGCAACGCUCGGCGCCCGAGCAAUCCGCCGCCGCUCAGCGCCAACGCUGCCCUCUCUCGGCCGCCUCGCAACAUGGAGCGUCACGCGCCUACCGCGUCUGCGGACUCCAACAGCGGCGACGCGAGCGACUCGAGCGAGCCCAUGUCGCGCGACCACUCGCGCACGUCUGGCUCGACGCUGAACUCGGGUCGCUCCGACACCACGGCAGAUACCUCUGCUCGUCCUUCGAUGGACCGCAGCGAGCACGACGCCUUCCCGUUCGACGACGUCCACGCCGCCAAGCUGGGCCCGCUCAGCGCGCCAGUCGUGCGCGACACGCCGAAGGGCCUGCUGCUUGCCUCGCUCAGCGAGCCAAGCGCCCGUCGCGGCAGCGAUGCCUCGGAGGCGUCGACGCGUGGCCGCAACGGCAGCGUCCCCGACAGCGCCGGCUUCGCGCUCUCGCCGCUCUCUGCAGGCAGCACGAGCAGCAGCAUGCCCCCUUCCCUGCUCGAGGCUCGCCUCAUGGCGCCCGACUUCGACCCCUCGGACGUGGCCUACAACUCCGAGGGACAGGUGACCGGCGCCACGCUCGCCGCGCUCGUCGAGAAGAUGACGCCGCACGACACCACCGUCGACGCCACGUUCUCGAACGCCUUCUUCCUGUGCUUCCGCCUGUUUACGACGCCGCUCGAGCUCUUCGACGCACUCGAGGCGCGCUACAACCUGCGCCCGCCGGCGUCGCUCGAACUGAGCGGCGACGAGCUUGCGCGCUGGAUGGAGCGCAAGGUCGCACCGGUGCGCCUGCGCAUCUUCAACUUCUUCAAGACGUGGCUCGAGACGCACUGGCACACGCCGACGGACCACGCGAUCCUCGACCGCCUCGUCGAGUUCACGCGCACGUCGAUGACGCACUCGCUGCAGCGGCCUGGCCAGCGCCUGGCAGAGCUGGCGCAGCGCCGCAUCAUCGCCGGCCCGUGCAAGAAGGUGAUGGCGCAGGUGACCGGCGCUCCGGUCGCCGGCGCGCGCGGGCCCGGCACGCUCAAGCGUAUGGUCUCGACGGACCGGCUCAAGAACGGCGCGAUGCCGCCGGGCAUGACAGACGUGUCGAGCAUGUACUCGGCCAGCGCUUACGGCAAGAAGGGCCCGAUGCCGCCGGCGCCGAUCGUGUCCAAGGCGCUGCUCUCGUCGCUGCGCGCCGUGCCGCAGCCGCCGCUCAACGUCGUCGACUUUGACCCGACCGAGCUGGCGCGGCAGCUGACGAUCAUGGAGAGCAAGAUCUACUGCUCCAUCCUGCCCGAAGAGCUGCUCGGCCAGGAGUUCAGCAAGAAGGCCGGCGUCAGCUCCGCCGUGCACGUCAAGAGCAUGAGCUCGCUCAGCACGCACAUCACCGGCUGGAUCAGCGAGUGCAUCCUGGGCGAGGGCGACGCGCGCAAGCGCACGCAGCUUGUCAAGUUCUUCAUCAAGCUUGGCGACCGCUGCCUCGGCCUCAACAACUUCAACACGCUCAUGGCCAUCCAGUGUGCGCUCAACUCGUCGACGAUCGCGCGCCUGAAGCGCACGUGGGACGGCCUGCCGGCCAAGUACCGCGCCAUGAUGGACCACCAGCGGCACACCGUCGAGCACACGCGCAACUUUGCCGGCUACCGCGCGCGGCUGCGCGCCACGCUGCCGCCGGCGCUGCCGUUUGUCGGCCUCUUCCUCACGGACCUGACCUUCUGCCACGAGGGCAACGCAGCGACGCGGCCGUCGCCGCAGGACCCGCAGAAGCGCCUCAUCAACUUCGACAAGUACGUCAAGAUGAGCCGCAUCAUCGGCGAGCUGCAGCGCUUCCAGGUGCCGUACAACCUGCUCGAGGUGCCCGAGUGCCAGAGCUACCUGCAGAAUGUACUCGCCGAGGUGCAGCAGAGCAGCGCCGGCGGCUCGGCCGACGACCUCUACCGCCGCAGCCUGCUCCUCGAGCCGCGCUCGCGCGCCGGCGAGCCGACGCCGUCGACGAUCGCCAGCCGUGGCAGCGGCAGCGACGGCGGCAAGCUCGGCCUCGACAUCUUUGGCUGGAAGGGCUGAGCCCGCCGCCGCUUCCUAUGCCCUCCUCAUCUGCGCCCGGACUCCUCUCAUCCAUCACCCGUGCUCCUCAUCUUUCGCGCGCCCGCACACUCCUGCUGGUCACCCUGCGCCCUGUACAGUAACGGCGAUUAUUGCUUUUGCCAUGCGGCUGUGCUUUGUGAGAUGCGAGGAUGGAGAUGGAGCAGCGAAUGAGAGUGGAGCAGCGGAUAAGAGCUUCGCCUAGGCCGCGUAGCGCAGCGCGUUGCCGGCGCGGAAGAGCAGGCGGACGAGCACGAAGGUGCCGGUCUGCGUA